UUAUAACAUUGCCCCAGAAAUGUUGAAGCAAUGUUAUGGCUACUAUUUGUUAAAUACAAAUCGAGAGAUAAACAUCGUUUAGCCCUGAAAAACGCCAAAGCAUUUGCGAGCAAUUCGAAAACGGCCAAAAAAAAUAUCAAAUAAAAUACCAAUUUUGAAACGUGAGCAACUAUAACGGCAGCUGAGGAUAUAUGAUGCAGCUGCCUGGCAUUUACGAGACUGGCAGCAUACAACCCACCAUCAUUACUGGCAUCCAGUCUCGCUCUUAAGGCGGUCACCAGACGUAAGGCUCAUGCCGACAGCGGCACCUUCGAUCAACCGGACAGUCAGCACGCACCACAGCACCACAAUGACAUCGACAUCGACAACAUAUGGCGCCACAUCGACGACACAAGCAGCGCUGACUAGCUUUGAGCCAACGGCCGUGACAGCUGCCGGCAUGGAUGUGGCCAUGGCCGGAACGGAGCCUAUAUUCAGCACCAGCAUCCCGACAUUCUGGAACUCAUCAAUUGACACCGCAUCGGCCAACAGCUAUGACAGCUGCUCGGCUAUGUUUGCCAACUACACCCAACCGACGGCAGUCAUCUAUUGCAACUGGACCUGGGACUCGCUCCUGUGCUGGCCACCAACUCCGGCCGGCGCCACCACCCACAUGCAUUGCCCCGCCGGCUAUCAUGGCGUCGAUACGCGCAAGUUUGCCAAUCGGAAGUGCGAGCUGGAUGGUCAUUGGGCUGGCCGACCCAAUUCGACUGUACAAAAGCCCUCCGGCUGGACCGACUAUGGACCCUGCUACAAGCCGGAGGUGAUACGGCUGAUGCAGGAAAUCAAGGAUGUUAACCUCUACAUGGACAUAGCUCAACGUACACGCACCCUGGAAAUCAUUGGACUAUGCCUGUCCCUGUUCGCCCUGAUCAUAUCUUUGAUGAUCUUUUGCGCCUUUCGAUCGCUGCGCAACAAUCGCACCAAAAUACACAAGAAUCUGUUCGUUGCCAUGGUCUUGCAGGUGAUUGUGCGACUGACCCUCUACCUAGAUCAGUUUCGGCGUGGCAAAUCGGACUCGGCCAACAACACAAGUCUAUCGGUUAUUGAGAAUACGCCCUACCUAUGCGAGGCAUCGUACGUGCUGCUGGAAUACGCACGUACCGCCAUGUUCAUGUGGAUGUUCAUUGAGGGUCUCUACUUGCAUAAUAUGAUCACCGUCGCGGUAUUCCAGGGUAACUUUCCGCUCGUAUUCUUCUCGCUGCUCGGCUGGGGCAUGCCCGUGCUGAUGACCUUCGUCUGGGUUCAGUGCACGGCAAUAUUUAUGGACACCUCGCUGGGCGAUUGCCUCUGGAACUACAAUCUGACGCCCUACUACUGGAUCCUGGAGGGGCCACGUCUCACCGUUAUCAUGCUGAACUUCUUCUUCCUGGUGAACAUCAUACGGGUGCUGGUCGUCAAGCUACGCCAGAGCCAGGCCAGCGAAAUCGAGCAGACGCGCAAGGCCGUCCGGGCUGCAAUCGUUCUACUCCCACUGUUGGGCAUUACCAACCUAUUGCAUCUGGUGCCGGCUCUGAAGACCGCUUGGAAAUUCGCCAUCUGGAGCUAUGUGACCCACUUUCUGACAUCCUUUCAGGGCUUCUUCAUAGCGCUCAUCUAUUGUUUCCUCAACGGCGAGGUGCGCGCUGUCAUGCUGAAGAGCAUCGCCGUGUGGUUGUCUGUGCGUGGCCAUCCGGAAUGGGCACCCAAGCGCCCCUCCAUGUAUUCGGGCGCCUACAAUACCGCACCUGACACCGAUCCACAGCUGAAACCAGGCGACCCACAACGAACCGGCAAGCGGCUAUCGCAGUCCACAAAGCGUUUGAAUUCACGCAAGGCCAGCAGCGUGACCAUUGUCAUUAACACCGAGCCGCAGAUCCACAGAUAUAUACCGAGGCGCAGCAACAACAACAGGGCCUCCACUGGCAGUCUACGUGUCCGCGGCAUAAUGAAGGCCAAGGAGGAGCCGGCCAGCGGCUCGGACGUGGGCCAGCGCAUACGGAGCACGGAUGAGGAGGCAUCGACAACUGGCCGCAACAACAACAACUGGAUGUUCAGACUGUGCUUUCGCGGCCAAAAGAACAAAUGUGUGAUUCCUAACGCUCAAGUGUCUCAGCAGAUAUUUAUAACGUCACAGUUGCCAACGACCACAGAUAUCGCGAAACCUACGACAACAACAACAACAACAGCAGUACUAGCAGCAGCAACAACACCAGCAACUGCAGUCGCAGCCGCAACAACAACAAGCAGAAUAGCCGCAGCCGCAGCCGCCGCCGCCGCCGCAUCAGCAGCAGCAGCAGCGGCAAUUUUACAAAAAACAACAGCAAACGCCUAAAGCUUAACGCGAGCACCUCUCGCUCAAACACGCUCUAUCUCUCUCUCUCUCACACACUCCCUCUCUCCUUCUGCGUCUGCCUCUGCCUCUGCCUCUGCCACUAUCUCUCUCUUUGUCGCUCCCUCUACUGCGCUCUCUUUCUCUCUUUGUGUAUGGCUUAGCUUAGCUUUUAAGCGCGACGCUGUACUAAAAAAAAACUAAACUUAUGUAACUGAAAUGUGUGCACUUUUACAAAUAGAUAAAUACGAUUUUUUUUUAUAUAUAUAUAUAUAUACAUAUAUAUAUACAUACACACACAUAUAGCUGGAAAAUGCAGCGUUAUAUUAAUCCCAAAAUUGAAAUGAAAAGCCGUUAAAAGCGAAUUGAAUGCGAUUCGAGGCGUCGGGUUUUUUUUUUCUCUAAAUGUAUAUGUGUAUGUGGAGUGUUAAUGUUAAAGAGAAAACAAUUUUUUUUUUUUAAAUAUAUACGUAAUCUAAGUCGUCAAAGUACUAAAUAUAUAUAUAUAUAUCUAUAUACACAUACAUACAUAUACAUGUUCUUCAUAUACAAGAAAUAUAGCUACAUAUUUAUAUAUAUACAUA